GGCGCGUGUUGAAAAAGAGGAGUGCUGCCAAAGUUUGGGUCAGAUCGGCUCGUGGAGUAAGCGGUGAAGAGAGACUUGGACUAGAGUUGAGCCACACGGUCCCCACGCGAAGGACACGAGAGCUGUGCACUGCCAAGCCCCUUCUCUCCGCUCUUCUUCCUCCUCUUCCUGCGCCCUCCGCGUCCAUCACUCCACCAGCGCUGUCAUCGAGAUGGAAACGACAACCAUCACCACCACGCAGACCGCAUUCACCUUUGGACUUACCGAGCGACGCGCCAGCAUCACCCUGCACGCGCCGGCGCAGGACUGCGCCGUCCCCGCCCCGCACCCGGACGCCACCGCCGCCGGCUACCAGAGCAAGACCAAGGUGCUGAAGAGACAGCGCUCCAACUCCCCGGAGCUCCUGCGCUGCAAGCGGCGCCUGAGCUUCAACGGCCUCGGCUACUCCAUCCCGCAGCAGCAGCCCGUGGCCGUGGCGCGGCGGAACGAGCGAGAGAGGAACCGGGUCAAGCAGGUCAACAUGGGCUUCCAGACGCUGCGCCAGCACGUGCCCAACGGCGCGGCGAACAAGAAGAUGAGCAAGGUCGAGACCCUGCGGUCGGCGGUGGAAUACAUCCGGGCCUUACAGCAACUCCUGGACGAACACGACGCCGUGUCGGCCGCCUUCCAGUGCGGGCUGCCGUCCCCGACGCUGUCCAACAGCUACUCUGCGGACCCGGAGUCGCCGCACUCCUCCUACUCGUCGGACGAAGGCGGCUACGAGCCGCUGAGCUCCGAGGAGCAGGAACUGUUGGACUUCACGACCUGGUUCGACAGGUACUGAGAGACCGCUUCCAAAACCAAAACACGCGCAGCAGCGUCUGCGCGUAAAAGCAGCUGACUUCUCUCAGACAUGCUGACAGAGACUUGAUGAAGGCGUCAGAACGGUCUCGCCCUCCGUCCCUUGGAAGCGGUCCGUUGCCUCCCCUCCCUCACGCAAGGCAAUAGUGAGGUAGAGAGAGAGAGAGAGAGAGCCAGAGAGACAGUCAGAGAGAGAGGGAGCCUCUUGUUGCAUCGAGCAUCGCCCUGGCGUCCCCACAAGGAGGGAGUCGGACUCACUGGAAGUGAAGUGAUCUGUCGCUGUUGUGUUUGAAUAAGUGCAAUUAACAGGUGACUGGGCAGCAGCGGGCUCUGUGGAGACGGUGCUGGAGCUCCAGAGGACUUUGGGUGUUUGAUCGGAGCAGGGCUGCCUUCCUCUGCUGCCACGUCCGUUGGAAGACACAACAAUAAUGACGCGUCAACAGAUUUGUUGUUGUUGUUGUGGUGUUCGCCCCCCCCCCCUUUCAUAACAAAAACUGUAUCAUACAACGAAAAUGUUUUAACAUGAAGACAUAUUUUUGUACACUGAGUCAAGCAAGCAUUGUUCUCGAACAACAGAGUCACUGCCACUUUUCCUGACAAUGUUUUGCGAACCAGCUGACUGACAGACAUUGAGUCGGCACGUGUGAGUUGUGUGACUGCAGCAGCAAUAUCAUGGCUACUACCUGUGACAGACUGUACGUUGUUGUCUUUUUUUAAUAGCUAGGUGGUGAGGAGACCUUUAUUAUUAAUGUAUGCACUUGUUCUCCAUGUCCCGUAGCCUAAAAUUUGUAAAUAUUUGAUUUUAACAGAUAUAUUUUGUGUAAAACAAGUUUUAUAAAUAAAGACGAAUCUAUUUAUAUUA